UAGUUGUUGAAACAUGAUGCUUGGCACAACACCCAAUGCACAGCCACCAUAUAAGAGAGCCUUACCUGCACAAGGAAAUAGACAGAGCUGGGAAGGGGUGGAUAAUCACACAACUCUGUGAAAAUAAAAGACGCAGUGUUGUUGAGAGCAACCGUCACAAGCAGAGCCAUGAGGUUUCAGAUGCUCUCCUUCCUGGUCAUCCUCUCCUACCUUUAUCUCACCAUGGCACAAGGCUCGUACGAUGACUGCUGCUUGGACUAUUCUAAACCAAUCCCGCAAAAAUAUAGAAAUCGGGUGGUGAAGUACAGGAUUCAAAAACCCGAAGGAGGCUGCAGCAAACCCGCUGUAGUCUUCACACUCAAGAAGGGAAGGUUCAUUUGCGCAGACCCUAAACAAGAAUGGGUGCCGACUUUGAUAAAGAGGGUCGACAAAAUGAAGACCUACUCUAUCACCAAGAAGCACCACCAUCAAGGGCCAAAGAGAGGAUGAAGCCAUACUCUCCAACAAUAGACAAUAUAUUGUCCUUAUUGCAAAAUCUCCCUGGGCCCCUGGGACUUCAGGGGUUUGAUGUUGGUCAGAUAUAAGUUUGGUCUGCUAUUUUUUCAUUUUAUUUUAUAUCUAAACUUUAUAUACAUUGACAAUAUCUAGUGUGGUAUGGAGCAUUGUAUUUCUGGUGCUAGAUAUAUUUAGGGGGUGAUGGCUUAUUGAUGUGCAAAAUGUCUGGGGAAAAGGUUGCAAUAGUUGUAUGAUGCAGUGAUGGACUAAACUUAUGCUAAUAAAAUUGGCUGAUCUUUAUUUUUCUACGUAUGCAA